AUGGCCGGUGAAAAAACUACUACUCCGAUUUCAAUGAAUGGAGGAGAUGGACGGUAUAGCUACACUCACAAUUCCUCAUUGCAGAGAAAUGGAGUGGAGCUAAUGAAAGCCAUGAUCAACGAAGCGAUAGCCGAAAAGCUUGAUUUAGUUCAACUUUCUUCUCCAAACUCCUUUAGGAUUGCGGAUUUGGGAUGUUCUGUUGGACCUAACACAUUCACUGCAGUGCAAAACAUAAUAGACUCUAUAACACUCAAAUGCCAAACCAGUUAUCGCUCGUCCGAAGAAGCGAAUAAUCUUGAAUUUCAAGUGUUUUUCAAUGACCAAAUCUCUAAUGAUUUCAACACCCUCUUCAAGAAUCUUCCAUCUGAUAGAAAAUACUCCGCAGCUGGUGUUCCCGGCCCGUUCCAGGGUCGAUUGUUUGCUAAGAACUCUCUCCAUUUCGUCCACUCAUCGUAUGCACUUCACUGGCUCUCAAGUGUGCCUAGAGAGUUGGUAGAUGAGGACUCUCUUGCAUUCAAUAAGGGCAGGAUUCAUUACUCAAGUUCUCCAAAACAUGUUCUUAAGGCCUAUUCAGCUCAGUUUGGUAUAGAUACCACAUCUUUUUUGAAUGCUAGAGCUCAAGAGGUUGUCCAUGGAGGACUAAUGGGGAUUUUGAUACUAUGUAGUCCUGAUGGGGUUCCUUGUUCACUGUGCAAUGUGUUAGCAGUUUAUGAGUUACUUGGAGCAAGUGUCGUUGACUUGGCCAAGAAGGCAUUGAUUAGUGAAGCAAAGGUGGACAACUUCAAUUUGCCCAUGUACAACCCAACUGAGAAAGAGUUGAAGGAGUUGAUAGAGAAGAAUGGUUGUUUCAGCAUUGAGAGAAUGGAGCCAAUAAUCCAUGAAAGGCGUUUCAACAUACCAAUGAUAAUCUUUCACAUGAGAGCUUCUUUGGAAGGAAUGAUAAGUGAGCAUUUCGGAAAGAAUAUCGUCGAUCAAUUGUUCGAUCUGUUCGCAAAGAAAGUUGUGGACUCUCGUAUAUAUUCAGAGUCAUCAAGCUACCAGGCUAUGGUUCAACUGUUCGUCCUCCUCAAGCGCGCUUGA